AUGGGGAAUAGAUUAAAUCGCGUCUGGGUGAUGGAGAAAGGAGAAUCCAGUAUGCAAAAUAAAGAAAAUGGGGAGGGGACAAAGCAGAAAGUUAUGGGUGUAGAAGUGAAGGAUAUGGAAGAGGACAAGGAAACUAAGUCUAAGGAAGUUAUCGAUAAAGGUAAGGCUGAUCAGCAGGCUGAGUCAAGCAUGGUAAUUACUAACCAAUUUACAGUAUUGGAGUUAGCAGAGGACUCAAGAUGUUUAGAGCUGGAAGGUAAUAAAAACAUGAAGGCUAAUCCUAGUAUUGGUGGUGAUACCUUAGCUAAACCAGGGAAUGGGGGUGCCUCAACUUUUAUCAAAACAUGUAAGGAGCGAGCAAGAGGCUGGAAAGUGGCAUCUUCAUAUGAGAAAUCGGUUGCCAAUGAAUUUUUAGGGGUUACGGACACUGAUUGGGAUAUAUGUAAUACAAAUAGAGGAAAGGAGUUAAUGAAGGGCCAGCCAAUGGGGAAAGCAAUUAAUGUGAGAUAG